GUUGUUAAGUGGAAAAUGGAGGCUGAAUUUUACAUGGCGAUUCUUACCUGCUUGCUCUUCAGGAACUCAGAGGGGUUUCAGAUUGUCCACGUCCAGAAACAGCAGUGCCUUUUUGAAAAUAAGAUAGUUGCCGUGGGCUUCUGCAAUGGGACCAGCCAGAACCAGCAGUGGACAUGGACGGAGGAUGGAAAGCUCCUUAAUGUUAGAUCUGCGCUGUGCCUGGGCGUCUCCAACUCCACGAAGGGCCCUUCCCAACCGGCCAUCUUUGCCCACUGCUCCCAGGCACCCCGAUGGACCUGCUACGAGCAGGAAGGGUUCCUCCAGGUGGAAAAUGCCUCUCUGUUUCUCAAGAAAGAAGGCUUCAAGGUAGUGGUCAAGAAAGGCAGGAAAUACCUCCAUAGCUGGAUGAAAAUAGACGUCGACAAAGAGGGAAAACCAGUCAAUGAAAGCCUCUGCUUAAAAAAAGCUGGCCUGGGAGCAGAAGUUCCGUUACGGAGCACGAGAAACACGGCUCCCCUCCAGAUCCCCACUACCUUCCACGCCGUUCCAUACAGCCCGGGACACCUCGUGGGGAAUACCACCGAGGCCUUCACCAGAAGUACCACAGAAACCUAUGGCCAGAACAGCAGCCAGGGGCAGCACCCCACUCUGCAGGUGGCUGGAACUGCAGAGGCGUCCUGGGUGCCCUGGACUGCUCAGCCCUUCUCCAGCUCCACUGAAGAGACGGGAGUGGGGGAGCCACAGAGAUGUAACUUCACCCUGACGGAGUCCAGCGUCUCCAGCCAGUCGGUGUCUCUCCGGUGGAGAACUUUGGGGUCACCGUGUAACUUUAGCCUCAUCUACAGCAGUGACACAUCGAACGUCACGUUUUGCCACCCCAUGCGGAUAGACAACACCACCUAUGGAUGUAACCCCAAGGAUUUACAGGCGGGAACCGUCUAUAACUUCAGAAUUGUGUCUCUGGACGGAGAAGAGAAGACUGUGGUCUUGCAAACAGAUCCUCUACCUCCCGCCAGGUUUGAAGUCACUGAAGAGAAGACGACUUCGACCAGCUUGCGUGUUUGGUGGACUCCUUCUUCUGGGAAAGUCACCUGGUAUGAAGUGCAGUUAUUGGAUGAUAACCAAAAGAUACAAGAGACCAAAAUCCAAGCAAGUACUUCAAGGAAUGAAUACAUGUUUUCUAACCUCACUGCUGGUAGUAGAUACAAUAUCACCAUCACAGCCUUCUCCGGAGAGAAACGUUCCUUGACAAUUUACACCAAUGGAUCAACAGUGCCAUCUCCGGUGAAAGAUAUUGGUAUUUCAGCAAAAACUAAUUCACUCCUGAUUUCGUGGUCCCAUGGCUCUGGGAACGUGGAAAGAUACCAGCUGAUGCUAAUGGAUAAAAGGAUCCUAGUUCAUGGCAGUGUGGUGGAUAGACACGCUACUUCCUACACUUUUCACAGCCUGACGCCAGGCCACCUGUACAACCUCACCAUCGUGACCGAGGCUGCAGGGCUACAGAGCUACAGAUGGACACCAGCCAGGACCACCCCCAUGGCAGUCUCAAAUCUGAGGGUGGCAAAUGAUGGCACUUCGACCUCUCUGAAAGUCAAGUGGCAAAGACCUUCUGGAAAUGUGGAUUCCUACAACAUUACCCUGUCUCACCAAGGCACCAUCAAGGAAUCCAGAAUGUUAGCACCUCAGGUUACUGAAACCCAAUUUAAAGACUUAACCCCUGGACGACUUUAUCAAGUUACCAUCAGCUGUGUCUCUGGUGAACUGUCUGCUCAGAAGGCAGCAGUGGGCAGAACAGUUCCAGAGAAAGUUGGGAACCUGGAGGCGAACAGCAAUGGUUCUCUGAGGUCCCUAGUGGUGAGUUGGUCACCCCCUGCUGGAGACUGGGAGCAGUAUCGUAUCCUGCUCUUCAAUGAUUCUUCAGUUCUCCUCAACGUCACCGUGGGAAAGCAGGAAACGCACUAUGCCCUAGAUGCCGUGGGGCUCACACCGGGAAGACAGUACGAGGUGGAAGUCACCGUUGAGAGUGGAAAUCUGAAGAAUUCUAAGCGCUGCCAUGGCAGAACAGUCCCCCUGGCUGUCCACCAGCUUCGUGUCAAGCAUGCCAAUGAAACCUCCCUGAGUGUCACGUGGCAGACCCCUGCAGCAGAAUGGGAGAAAUACAUCAUUUCACUCGCUGACAGAGACCUUUUACUCAUCCACAAGUCGCUCCCCAGAGAUGCCCAAGAAUUCACUUUUAGUGACCUGGUGCCUGGGCGAAAAUACGUAGCUACAGUCACCAGUAUUAGUGGGGACUUAAAAAAUUCAUCUUCAACAAAAGGAAGAACAGUGCCUGCCCAAGUGACUGGUUUGCAUGUGGCCAACCAAGGGACAAUCAGCAGUCUAUUUACUAACUGGACCAGGGCGCUGGGAGACAUAGAGUUCUACCAAGUCCUACUGAUCCAUGAAAACGUGGUCAUCAAAAACGAAAGUGUCUCCAGUGAGACCAGCAAAUACAGCUUCCACUCCCUCAAGCCGGGCAGCCUCUACUCCGUGGUGGUCACCACAGUAAGCGGAGGGAUCUCUUCCCGACAGGUGGUCGUGGAGGGGAGGACAGUCCCCUCGAGUGUGAGUGGAGUGACGGUGAACAACUCUGGCCGUAAUGACUACCUCAGCGUUUCCUGGUUACCGGCUUCAGGAGAUGUGGACAGCUACGUGGUGACCCUCUCCCACGACAGCAGGGUGGUCCAGUCCCUCAUUAUUGCCAAGUCUGUCAGCGAAUGCUCCUUCAGCUCCCUCACCCCCGGCCGCCUCUACAACGUGACCAUAACCACAAGGAGCGGCAUGUAUGAAAGUCAUGCCUUCAGCCAAGAGCGGACAGUGCCCGACAAGGUCCAGGGAGUUAGCAUUAGCAACUCAGCCAGGAGUGACUAUCUAAAGGUGUCCUGGGUGCACGCCGCUGGGGACUUUGAUCACUACGAAGUCACCAUUAAAAACAAAAACAAUUUCGUUCAAACCAAGAGCAUCCCCAAGUCUGAAAACGAGUGUGUGUUUGUUAAGCUAGUCCCUGGACGUCUGUACAGUGUCACUGUCAGCACAAGAAGUGGACAAUAUGAGGCCAGCGAGCAGGGGAACGGGAGAACAAUCCCGGAGCCCGUUAUGGAUCUCACCCUGCGGAAUCGGAGCACUGAGGAUCUGCAGGUGACCUGGUCACGAGCCAACGGGGACGUCGACCAGUAUGAGAUCCAGCUUCUCUUCAAUGACAUGAAAGUAUUUCCUCCUUUUCACCUUGUAAAUACUGCAACUGAGUAUCGAUUCACCUCCCUGACCCCAGGGCGCCAGUAUAAAAUUCUUGUCUUGACCAUCAGUGGAGACGUGCAGCGGUCAGCCUUCAUUGAGGGCUUCACAGUUCCUAGCACUGUCAAAAAUAUUCACGUUUCUCCCAAUGGGGCCACAGACAGCCUGACGGUGAAGUGGACCCCUGGCGGGGGAGAUGUUGACUCCUACACGGUGUCAGUGUUCAGGCAGAGUCAGCAGGUUGAGUCUCAGACCGUCCCCAAGCACGUCUCUGAGCACACGUUCCACCGGCUGGAGGCAGGGGAGCAGUACCAGGUGGUGGUCGCCUCGGUCAGCGGGUCCCUGAGGAACCAGGUGGACUCGCUCGGACGGACAGUCCCAGCUUCCGUCCAGGGAGUAACUGCAGACAAUGCCUACAGCAGCCACUCCUUAAUGGUAAGUUGGCAGGAAGCUGUGGGCGUGGCAGAAAGAUAUGACAUCCUGCUUCUCACUGAAAACGGGAUCCUUCUGAGCAACACAUCAGAGCCAGCCACCACAAAGCAGCACAAAUUUGAAGACCUAACACCAGGAAAGAAAUACAAGAUACAGAUCCUAACCGUGAGUGGAGGCCUCUUCAGCAAGGGAGCCCAGGCUGAAGGCCGCACAGUCCCAGCAGCUGUCACCAACCUGAGGCUCACAGAGAACUCCACCAGACACCUGUCCUUCCGCUGGACCACCUCCGCGGGCGAGCUCAGCGGCUACAACAUCUUUCUGUACAACCCGGAUCGGACUCUUCAGGAGCGAGCUCAGGUUGACCCGCACGUCCAGACCUUCUCUUUCCAGAACUUGCUGCAAGGCCGGAUGUACAAGAUGGUGAUCGUUACUCACAGUGGCGAGCUGUCUAACGAGUCUUUCAUGUUCGGGAGGACAGUCCCAGCCGCUGUGAGCAACCUCAAGGGAUCCAGUCGGAACACGACAGACAGUCUCUGGUUCAGUUGGAGUCCAGCCUCUGGGGACCUUGACUUUUAUGAGCUGAUUCUCUACAACCCCAAUGGCACGAAGAAGGAAAACUGGAAAGACAAGGACCUGACAGAGUGGCGUUUUCACAGCCUUGUCCCUGGAAGGAAGUACACGCUGUGUGUGGUCACUCACAGUGGAGACCUCAGCAACAAGGUCACGGGGGACAGCAGAACAGCCCCAAGUCCUCCCAGUCUUAUGUCAUUUGCUGAUGUUGCAAACACGUCCUUGGCCAUCACCUGGAAGGGGCCACCAGACUGGACAGACUACGAUGACUUCGAGCUGCAGUGGUUCCCCAGAGAUGCAGUCACCGUCUUCAACCCCUACAACAACAGAAAAUCAGAAGGCCGCAUCGUGUACGGUCUUCGUCCGGGGAGAUCCUAUCGAUUCAGUGUCAGGACUGUCAGCGGCGAUUCCUGGAAAACCUACAGCAAACCGAUUUUUGGAUCUGUGAGGACAAAGCCGGACAAGAUACAGAGCCUGCACUGCCGGCCGCAGAACUCCACGGCCAUUGCCUGUUCUUGGAUCCCUCCUGAUUCCGACUUUGACGGCUACAGCGUUGAAUGCCGGAAAAUGGACACUCAGGAAGUUGAGUUUUCCAGAAAGCUGGAGAAAGAAAAGUCUCUGCUCAACAUCAUGAUGCUCGUGCCCCACAAGAGGUACCUGGUGUCCAUCAAGGUGCAGUCGGCCGGCAUGACCAGCGAGGUGGUGGAAGACAGCACCAUCACCAUGAUAGACCGCCCGCCUCCUCCACCUCCACACAUUCGUGUGAAUAAAAAGGAUGUGCUCAUUAGCAAAUCUUCCAUCAACUUUACUUUCAACUGCAGCUGGUUCAGCGACACCAACGGGGCUGUGAAAUACUUCACCGUGGUGGUGAGAGAGGCUGACGGCAGUGACGAGCUGAAGCCAGAACCGCAGCACCCGCUGCCCUCCUACCUGGAGUACAGGCACAACGCCUCCGUUCGAGUUUAUCAGACCAAUUAUUUUGCCAGCAAAUGUGCGGAAAGUCCUGACAGCAACUCCAAGAGUUUUAACAUCAAGCUUGGAGCAGAGAUGGAGAGCCUAGGGGGGAAAUGCGAUCCCAACCAGCAGAAAUUCUGUGAUGGACCGCUGAAGCCACGCACUGCCUACAGAAUCAGCAUUCGGGCUUUCACGCAGCUGUUUGAUGAGGACCUGAAGGAGUUCACAAAGCCACUCUAUUCAGACACGUUUUUCUCCUUGCCCAUCACCACUGAGUCAGAGCCCCUGUUUGGAGUCAUUGAAGGUGUGAGCGCAGGCCUGUUCUUAAUCGGCAUGCUGGUGGCGGUUGUGGCCGUAUUCAUUUGCAGACAGAAAGCCAGCCACAGCAGAGAACGGCCCUCUGCCCGCCUAAGUAUUCGCCGGGACCGGCCGCUGUCUGUCCACCUGAACCUCGGCCAGAAAGGUAACCGGAAAACGUCUUGCCCAAUAAAAGUAAAUCAGUUUGAAGGGCACUUCAUGAAGCUGCAGGCCGACUCCAACUACCUUCUCUCCAAGGAGUACGAGGACUUAAAAGACGUGGGACGAAACCAGUCGUGUGACAUCGCACUCUUGCCGGAGAACAGAGGGAAAAACCGGUACAACAAUAUAUUGCCCUACGAUGCCUCGCGAGUGAAGCUGUCCAACGUGGAUGAUGACCCAUGCUCUGACUACAUCAACGCCAGCUACAUCCCUGGAAACAGCUUCAGGAGAGAAUACAUCGCUACUCAGGGCCCUCUUCCUGGCACCAAGGACGACUUCUGGAAAAUGGCGUGGGAACAGAACGUCCACAACAUCGUCAUGGUGACCCAGUGUGUGGAGAAAGGCCGGGUAAAGUGUGACCAUUACUGGCCAGCGGACCAGGAUUCCCUCUACUACGGGGACCUCAUCCUGCAGAUGCUCUCGGAGUCUGUGCUGCCCGAGUGGACCAUCCGGGAGUUCAGGAUAUGCAGCGAGGAACAGCUCGAUGCACACAGACUCAUCCGCCACUUUCACUACACAGUGUGGCCAGACCACGGGGUUCCGGAGACCACGCAGUCCCUGAUCCAGUUUGUGAGAACCGUCAGAGACUACAUCAACAGAACCCCCGGGGCCGGGCCCGCCGUGGUGCACUGCAGUGCUGGUGUGGGCAGGACCGGAACCUUCAUCGCCUUGGACCGAAUCCUCCAGCAGUUAGACUCCAAGGACUCCGUGGACAUUUAUGGAGCCGUGCACGACCUAAGACUUCACAGGGUGCACAUGGUCCAGACCGAGUGUCAGUACGUCUACCUGCACCAGUGUGUGAGGGACGUCCUCAGGGCAAGGCGGCUGCGGAGCGAGCAGGAGAACCCCUUGUUCCCCAUCUAUGAGAACGUGAACCCGGAGCACCUCAGAGACGCGGGCUACUCAAGGCAUUGAGAAUGUGUCUGAAGAUCUCCUGGAUAAAAACUAUUCACUGUGUGACUUUCUUACAGACUUGCUUCAUGCCCUACAGAGGUGCCAGCUAUUUCUGUUGAUACUGUGUAUAAUUUAUUAAUCUGGAGAAUGCCAAAGAAUUUAUGUAAUUUAAAGGGAACAGAGAUUAUUGUACAUAGUUGUAUUUUGUAGUUUCUUCUGUAAAUAUGUAUUUUUCACAAUGUUUGAUGUUAAUCUUUAUAUGAUGCUAUUUUUCCACACUGACGUGUUCAUGGGCUGUUCAGCAUAAACUGGCUGGCCUGUGUGACGGGAGUGCUGGUGACGUGUGUGGAGGUAGCUGCAGAGGGGCCCUGGGGCCACGGUUUGUACCUGUCGUGAAACUUAUUGGGCAGGAGGAAGGGCCAGGCGGAGGGCACUCGGGACAGCCGGCCGUGCUGCCCUGCUGCCCUGCGGAUCCUGGCAUCCAAAGCUGACCCAGAUGCUACUGGGCAAAUAUAACAGUCAAAAAAUGACUGAGGGGAGCGGGUAGGCAGCCCCAGAGCUGAAGAAGGUGGUUGUGCCUCAACCAGUCAGUCUCUCCCCUUUCUGCCGCCAGAGGCUCGAGCCGCCGUGGUCAGCUCGGGGCCAUGUAACCUGCUGUGGAGUCCUGGCUGCAGGGUUGAGGUUCUGAUGGAGAAGUGUCCAAACCCGAGUGAUGAACUCCUUGUCUCAAGAGGGGAGCGGCCUGGACCCUGACUGGAAGCAUCGUCCACAUGCAGAGCCCCACCCACAGUGACGAGAUGUUUCGCUGCCUUCAGAGUGUGUCGUGUGAACUUGCCUGCCCUGCCACAGUGACGGUGCCGGUCGAGGUGCACACACUCGCCUCUGUCUGAUUGCUUGUGGGCUGCGUUCCCAGAAAAGUCAAAAUUAGGCCAAUCGUACUUGGUUUUCCCAUGAAAAAAAGAUGGUGGUGGCAGAUUAAACUCCUGAUCAGAGGACCAAAUGUCAACAUCGUCACAGAAACAUCUACAAACAUCAUAUCUAGUUCAUUGAAAAACCAAACAAUGAAGACGAAAACUCAGAGGUGCUUCGUAUAAAAUUCUCCAAAAAACUUUUUUAGUAAAUCAUUGAGGUCAAAUAUCAAGUAGUCACUUAAGCUGCAUUUAGUAGAAAAGUCACCACGUCCUACCAGGUUUAUGUCCAGUCUCUGUGCUGUUUUGACUACAACAGAUUUCAGAGUCGGAACGUGGUCACUGCCCUCCUCCAGGUCUGGCUCGAAGUCUUCCUGGGGAACAUCUGAAAGGCGUCUGUACAGAACCCUCAUGGCCACCUGAGAAAUGAGCCAGACAUGUUUGCCUUCUUCUCACUACAAAUUUCUCUGUGAUAAACUUAAGAAUUAGAGAUCAAGCUUGUUGAUCUCACAGCUUCAUUUGCAGAUAGAGUACAUUUCUUUUCAAAGUAUAUAUUUCUGCUGCAUACAUAAAGUCUCAUAAGUAAUAUAGUGAGUGUAACUGGCAUAGUAAUUGAAAAGCGUUAAAUAUAUCUAAAGUAGUUCAUUAUAGUUGUGUAAGUCUCCACCCAAACCGGAAAAAUUUCCAGAGCUAUUUGAAGUUUAUAAAAACAGAAAAACUUUGUAGGAAUGACUGUGGAGAGUAAUAAAAGGAAUCCUGGGUGUCCCAGGUUUAUGGUGCGCAACGCCCCUGUGAAACGACUGUGUCAGGCUCGGAUCCUGUCUCAGGGAACGAGGUGGGUCUUCCAGAUUUGGAAAGGAACAACACAUCUGUAAGGGUGGCAGACAUGCCCCCAGGGAGAAAAGAGAGGUCAGAGACCGAGGAGAUGUGGUGUCCACUAGGAAGACCUUUCCUGCAUUAGAAAGAAAAAGCAAGAGGAAAACCAAACAGAAUUGCAAACUAAUGCUGCUCAGCACAAAGCACAUUAAUCCACAGAAAGAGAAAUUCACUUUUGGCUUUUCAUUCAUUCAGAAAAGUUUUAGUAACACCUGCAACCUGCCAGGCCCUGUCCUGGCAACUCCACCUUUUUACUCAAUCAAGAGAAUGCAUCACAAUACUAAGCAAAGGUUGUUACUAUUUUCAGUUAAGCUUGAAAGAGGGCCUCAGCGGGCAGUGAAAUAACAGAGCGGCCCAGGGCAGUGCAGCCUUCCAACGAUGCUGCUUCAGUACAAACCACUGAUCUAUAAGAGAGCAAUUAAUCGCACAAACCACAAAUUAAAACCAUAAAAAACCUACAACCUAUAAGAGUAAAUAGCGCUCACAUACCCUGACGUACCUGGGGUGCUAUCAGAGUUACGGAAAUGGACUCGACAAGGGAAAACUGUUGUUAUGUCCUUUUCGUCUAAUCCAGGAAAUACUUAUUCCUACCCUCCACCUGUCUAAUUUUAAAUCUCCUUAGCAACAAAUAUUUCAGUAUCUUCCCUCCCGCCACUGCCAAAGACUAAAUACAUAAUCUAGUUUAUCUAUUUAUUAAAUUUAGGAAGGAAAAAGAAAAGGUUUCCUUGACAUUCACCUCAAUUGGAUGUAUUUUAAUUUAAUUCCAUCAUGCCUGAUGUCUUGGUAAACACUCCGUCUCCCAUCAAGGUGGGCCUCCUGUCUGUGCACUGUGCCAUACGCUUUAAUCACCGAGUCUUCAAAAUGCUUUUGAGCUAGCAAAUCUUGCGAGAGUCCUGUCUUGCAUCUUAAUAAUUAUUUAUCCAAGUUCUUUAUAAUUACCUCCUUUAAUCUCUACCCAUUAAAUCAAUUUCAUGUUAUCAUUCUGUUCUCUGGACACCAGCCAAUUUUUCAGCUCCUGAGUCAGAUUUUUCAAAGGCCGGUCUCCCUGUCUGGCCUGCAUGUAUUUGACCUAAGUCAUCCGCUGUCUCUUAACACUUCUGAGUCUCUCUUUCUCGCUGCUUGUCCCCUCCUCCCUUUUGAAUACGUUUGUUUUCCCAGUCAAACGUGAUUUUACUUUCCGGUCAUCUCAUCUCCUUAUUCCCAUUGGUAUCGCAUAGUCUUCAGGCUCCACGUUAUAGAAGAAAUGACCAUGAUUUCCUUUUAAAUACUAAAACGGCACAGCACACAGACAUUAUGGGGACAGUUUUAUUUGGGAAGGUCUUUAAUUAAUUUUGCUAUUACCUCUUGGAUCAAAGCCCAAAAUGACAUGUGAAAAUAACAUGAAACCACUAAGCAGAUGUCCAGAAAACAAAAAUAGACUCCCAUGUUGUACUUCUCACUCUGAUUCUCUUCCUUAGUCUCAGGAUCCAGCUGUUAUAUUAAACACUCUCUUUACCUUUUGCAAGAAAAUCACCAGCCAUAUACUAAAUUCCCAUUUACCUAGCUUUUUUGGGUCUUUGAGGUUGGGAUCCUGAAGUCAUCAACCCGCCAGAUCUGCAAGAUAGCUCGAGGUAGCCUCUGAGCCCCAACUCCGGGGUGCCCGAGAGCUUUCGUUCACACACGUGGGCCUGGUAGAAACAAGAGGUAAUCAGCUGCUUGUCUGAGGUGGCAGUGCAAGGACUUUCUGGGCUCCAUUUCACCAAGGAAAUGAAAGUAAGCGAUGAGUCAAGACAGAGUGGCAGGAAGGAAUGGCUGAGCCUCCCCUCGGUGGCUGUGAGCAAGCCCUCAACCCUCCCUCACCCUGAAGAGUUAGGGUGGAAACAGCCAUGAUCAGCCCACGUGACCUGUGAAGUUUCUGAGUAUUUUUAACCUGAGAUUUAAAAUCUCAUCAAGUGUUCAAAGGAUGUUUCACCUGGAAGGAAAAUCUGUAAACCAUGGCUGCAGAAAGCAAGUGAAAUGAUGCAAAGAAGGGAAAAUAUUUGAAAAGCCGAUCUAACCAGACGUCGUUGGGAAGAGCACACAGCAUCCCUCCUGUGUGUCCAGACGGUUCUUUGAAAAUGUCGUGUUUCUCUCAGGACGUACCAUCCUUUGGGGUCCACUUCAACUACGACAGCCAGAUGACUCAGCUGACUAAGCAGCUGAAUUGAUUCAUUUAGUUUUGAGACUGACCAGCUGUUUGACUCAACUGACUGAGUUGGGAAUUCCAAACACACUACUGUAGAUUCUCCA